AUGGAAUCUCCAAAGCAAUCAACAACAACAGUCACUACCACUCCUACUUCCGCACCCACACCGAGAAAAUAUACUGGGAUGGAUUGCAGAUUCUGUCAAAAGAGUUUCUCUAAAGGCGAACAUUUAAGGAGACACGAAAGAAGUCAUACUGGAUCUCGACCUUUUGUAUGCAAAGAAUGCAGAAGACCAUUUGCAAGACAAGAUUCUCUUGCUCGUCAUGAAAGGUUACAUACUCGAAGAGAAAGCAAUUAUCCCAAUUAUCCUUCACCACCUUCAAGUUUAAUUUCGCAAUCUAGCAUACCGACGAACAUGUUACCUGCGAUGAAUACAAACUUACAGAUGGAAACACCAAGAACACAACAAGGAAAUAUGGAGGAUAGAGGUACUGGUCAUUCUAUCAUUGGAAAUACACCAUCUUCUACAGAGGAUCUCGAUUUUGAAUUAAUAUGGCCAGAUGCGGAAGAUUUGUUCGAAACUUUGAUGUCUUCCGAUCCAACGAAUUCUUGGCAAAUGCCAAUUGGAAUGUUACCAGUACCUAUUACAACUCGGUCACAUAUAAAUAAUGGAAGUUUUGGUAUACCAGGUCCAUUUCAGGAGAAGGGUUCAAUUGGGUCAAUUCCGGUGGGAGAAAGUCAUCAAGCGGUACAUAAUGUUAGUGAGAUGGUUACUAGUUUGUCAUCAACUGUUACGGCUGCUGUUGAAGCUACAUCUCUCACAUCGGUUUUUCUGGAUGAAUGUUUACAUAUGUUCUUUGUAAGAUUCAUACCUACAUUUCCAGUAUUACAUCGAUCAACAUUUGUCUUUCGAGAAUGUACUCAACCUUUACUUCUCAAUGCCAUGGCUAUCGGUUCUUUAUAUCUUGGACCCAAAGAUUCAGUUGCAAAAGGUGAAGCUUUAUGGAGGCUUGCACAUGUAGCAGUUGCGACAUCUUGGGAAACAUUAAUCACUCACCAAGGUCCUUACGAUAGUUGUCAAGGAGUACAGUUAGUUGUGACUGCUCUACUUGCUCAAAUUUACGGCGCGCUUUCAAGAAAUCGAGUUAUUCGAACCACAAGUCAAGCAUUCCAUGCUCUUGGAUUCUUUUGGGCAAGACAAUGCGCAAUAUCUGAUAGUGAACCAUACUCAAGGAGUAACCUACCAAACCAAAAUUCUACUGACGAAGAAAAGAAUAGAGCUUGGAAAGUUUGGGCAGCCAAAGAAAUUCAACAACGUGCUUUAUUGGGUCAUUAUGUAUUGGAUGGUUUAAUAUCCCGAAUGUCUGGGGAAACACCAUCAGUUCGACAUGCUGCCAAUCAAUUGGGUUUACCAAGUAGCGAAACAGCAUUCGAGGCUACAACUGCCAAUGAAUGGCUAAAUCACAUGAGAUCUCAAGAACCUUUACAAUAUUCUUUCCGAAGUAUUAUUAGAUCAUUAUUUGCCCCGGCUAGUCAACCUUUUACUAGUUUUCAUGUAUUCUCGGCAUUCUCACUUCGAGUCAUUUUAGAAGGCCUUCAAUCCUUGGUUUCGGAUUGCGAUUCCGAUGAUCUUUCGACAGUUGGUGUACCUACAAAGCUUGAAUUACGAAAAGCUUUGGGUCACUCUUUUGAAGCUAUAUCAAUGAGCCCAAAUCUUUCACAUUCCGAACGACUUGAACUUCUACUAAGGUGGCAUACCAUUUGCCUAGACGCCUGUAAAGAUUCAUCAUUACUUUGCAGAUCUAUCUGUUCUCGUUAUGGUAUCGUUCAACAUGUUUGUGGCGGAAAGAAUGUCAUGAAACCAGAACAAGAUUUGAUAAGUUGGGCCAGUACGGAAGAAGCACGAAAAGCUCUCUUACACGCCAUUGCAAUCCAAGAGAUUGUAGAACAAUUACCAAGAGGUAGAGCACAUGUCAUACAUAUCCCAAGUUCUUUAUUUGCUUCAGCAACAGUCUAUUGUGUAUUUUCACUAGCUGGUCAGGGUGCAGUCAAUGUACCAAAUAUUGUGGAUUGGCAAGCUGUUUUAGCGACCAAUGAAGCUUUAAAUUCUUCAAUCCAACCAGGAUGUACAAGUCAAUCAGAAACAGAAUUAUAUCUUCGAGGGGAAAACUCAUUUUUCAGAGCAAUGGGGACAACGAAGAAUCUUCUUUAUGAACUCAAUUCUAUGCAGAAGCUAUUUAAAUGCCUAUGUUCACAAUGGGGCAUUGCAUUUGAUAUGGAGGAUAUUUUGGAUCAAUGGAAUACACUUUGUCAUUGA